UGUGCUUCUGAAUUAUCAUUUUCAUUUAGUGUUUUCUACAAAACUUCCAUAAAGAAAAAAAAAGUAUAAACCUCAAGUGAAACUCCAAAACUUUCUCUACCAUAUACCAAUCCUUGUUGUUAAUCUUCGUGCUUCAUACUACCAUACUACAUUUCUCAGUCAUACAAACAAACCUCUUCUUGAUACUAUCAUUUUGAAGAUGGCUGAAGCUGUGCUUGAACUUCUCCUUGACAAUUUCAACUCACUCGUUCAGAAGGAGCUUGGCCUAUUUCUUGGUUUCGAAAAUGACUUUAAAAGUCUUUCAAGCUUGCUCACUACAAUCAAGGCUACGCUUGAAGAUGCUGAGGAGAAGCAAUUCACUGAUCCUGUUCAUGGCAAAGCUAUCAAGGAUUGGCUACUUAAGCUUAAAGAUGCUGCUUACGUCCUCGAUGAUAUCUUGGAAGAGUGUGCCACCAAAGCACUAGAGUUGGAGUACAAAGGAUCCAAGGGUGGACUACGUCAUAAGCUACAUAGCUCUUGUUUAUGUUCUCUUCAUCCAAAGCAAGUUGCUUUCCGUUACAAAAUUGCUAAGAAAAUGAAGAACAUACGAGAGAGGUUAGAUGAAAUAGCUGCAGAAAGAAUCAAAUUUCAUUUGACCGAGAUAGUCAGAGAGAAGAGAAGCGGAGUCCCUAAUUGGCGCCAAACAACCUCAAUCAUUUCUCAACCUCAAGUCUAUGGAAGAGAUAAAGAUAUGGAUAAAAUUGUAGAUUUUUUGGUUGGUGAAGCUUCUGGUCUUGAGGAUUUGUGUGUUUAUCCAAUUGUUGGUAUAGGUGGACUUGGAAAAACAACACUUGCCCAACUUAUCUUCAAUCACGAGAGGGUGGUCAAACACUUUGAGCCGAGAAUUUGGGUUUGUGUUUCAGAAGAUUUUAGUUUGAAGAGAAUGACUAAAACGAUAAUCGAAGCGACAUCUAAGAAGUCAUGUGGUAUUUUGGAUCUAGAGACACUACAAACAAGACUUCAAGACCUGCUUCAAGGAAAAAGAUUUUUGCUUGUAUUGGACGAUGUAUGGGACGUUAAACAAGAGAAUUGGCAAAAAUUGAGAUCUGUUUUGGCUUGUAGAGGAAAGGGUUCUUCAAUUUUGGUCACUACUCGUCUUUUGAAGGUAGCAGAAAUCAUGCGAACAAUACCUCCACAUGAUAUAUCGAAGCUAUCUGACGAAGAUUGUUGGGAAUUGUUUAAACAAAAUGCUUUUGGAACAAAUGAGGUAGAACGGGAAGAGCUAGUGGUCAUAGGAAAGGAGAUACUAAGGAAAUGUGGGGGAGUACCUCUUGCAGCAAAAGCACUAGGAAGUCUCUUGCGCUUUAAAAGAGAGGAAAAGGAGUGGCGCUAUAUCAAGGAAAGCAAAAUAUGGAAUUUACAAGAUGAAGAAAAUGUCAUGCCUGCAUUGAGAUUAAGUUUACUUGAAUUUGCCAGUUAAACUGAGACAAUGUUUUGCCUUCUGUGCAUUAUUUCCCAAAGAUGAAAGAAUAAGUAAGCAGUUACUAAUUCAGCUUUGGAUGGCUAAUGACUUUAUUUCUUCCAAUGAAAUGUUGGACGAGGAAGAUAUCGCGAAUGAUGUGUGGAAUGAAAUAUAUUGGAGAUCCUUUUUUCAAGAUUUUGAGAGAGAUGUAUUUGGCGAAAUUAUAAGUUUCAAGAUGCACGAUCUUGUUCAUGAUCUCGCUCAGUCAAUUUCAGAAGAGGUGUGUUUCUUUACAAAAAUCGAUGACAUGCCUAGUACAUUAGAAAGAAUCCGCCAUCUCUCAUUUGCCGAGAAUAUUCCUGAAAGUGCAGUUUCAAUUUUCAUGCGUAACAUCAAAUCACCGAGGACCUGCUACACAAGUUCAUUUGAUUUUGCUCAAUCCAAUAUAUCCAAUUUUCGUUCUUUACAUGUGCUCAAGGUGACUUUACCUAAAGUGUCAUCUUCAAUUGGUCAUUUGAAGAGUUUAAGGUAUUUGGAUCUUUCUCAUGGUCAAUUUGAAACUCUUCCAAAAUCCAUAUGUAAGUUGUGGAAUUUACAAAUUUUAAAAUUAGACUAUUGUUUUAGCUUACAAAAAUUGCCUAAUAAUUUGAUACACUUGAAAGCUCUACAACAUCUAUCCUUAAAAAACUGCCGCGAGCUAUCAAGUUUACCUCAUCAAAUAGGGAAGUUGACUUCCUUGAAGACUUUGAGCAUGUAUGUAGUUGGAAGGAAAAGAGGGUUCCUUUUGGCAGAAUUAGGACAAUUAAAUCUUAAAGGAGAGCUUUACAUCAAACACCUUGAGAGAGUGAAAAGUGUAGAAGAGGCUAAAGAAGCCAACAUGUUGAGUAAGCACGUGAAUAAUUUGUGGUUGGAGUGGUAUGAAGAAUCCCAAUUGCAAGAAAAUGUGGAGCAGAUUCUUGAAGUGCUUCAACCAUAUACCCAACAGCUUCAAAGAUUGUGUGUGGACGGAUAUACAGGUUCCUAUUUCCCAGAAUGGAUGUCUAGUCCUUCUUUAAUACACUUAGGAAAGUUACGUCUCAAAAAUUGCAAAAGCUGUUUGCACCUCCCACAAUUGGGAAAACUACCUUCUCUAGAAGUUCUAGAAUUGUUCGAUCUACCAAAGCUGACAAGGUUAUCAAGGGAGGACGGUGAAAAUAUGUUCCAGCAACUUUUUAAUCUUGAAAUAAGAAGAUGUCCUAAUUUGUUGGGCUUGCCUUGCCUUCCAUCUCUCAAAGUUAUGAUUAUAGAAGGGAAAUGCAACCAUGAUUUACUAAGUUCAAUUCAUAAACUUAGUAGUCUUGAAUCCCUUGAAUUUGAAGGUAUUAAAGAGCUAAAAUGUUUUCCAGAUGGGAUUCUAAGAAACCUCACUUCUCUUAAGAAAUUGAUGAUUAUCUGUUGCUCAGAAAUAGAAGUUUUGGGUGAGACUUUACAACAUGUGACUGCCCUUCAAUGGUUAACAUUGGGGAAUCUUCCAAACCUGACAACCUUACCAGACUCUUUAGGAAACCUUUGUUCGCUUCAAUCAUUAAUAUUGGGGAAUCUUCCAAACCUGAUAUCCUUAUCAGACUCUUUAGGAAACCUUAGUUCGCUGCAAGGACUAGAAAUUUAUAAAUGUCCGAAGUUGAUUUGUCUUCCGGCAAGCAUUCAAAGCCUUACUGCUCUGAAAAGUUUGGAUAUUUGUGAUUGUCAUGAGCUGGAGAAACGGUGUAAAAGGGAAACAGGUGAGGAUUGGCCAAAAAUAUCUCACAUUCAAUAUCUUCGAGGUUCCUGUUUUACGUAUUGAUGGGAUUAAGAUUUGAGUUUCAUUUCCCUUGCGUAUGUAGUUUAUUUGUUCAGAUCUAAUGCAAGAAAAGAGAAGGUACACCUCUGCAAGCACUUCUACUGGCCAUCAUUCCUUCAACCACCUCUUGAUUUGCAGACGUGAAACCACAAAUUCAAUCUAUGCGAGGAAAAAUUCAUGAGAAUCUUGGAAUAUUGUGAUCGAUAACCUGCGGAUUUAUCACUUGAUUCCGCAGGAAAUCGAGAGUUUCUAGUGGUGAGGGUUCAUUCAGAACCUGUUACAUCAAUUAAUUCCGCCUUUGUCAAGGGUCAGAAAAUCCACUGUAACAACAUUCAUAUGAAAGCUAUAACUCAUGUGAUAACAGACUCUACUGGAAAGGAAAAGCAGCCAUGGAAAGUGAACAUGGAAUUUUCAGCAAGUGAAGACCGUUUCUUCCAAAGUUUCUGUAGCUGACACAACGUGAAUUGUAAAAUUUGUGGCAGACAGAUGAUACAGGACCCUAUUUGAUUUUCCUAAUUUCUUCAUCAAGAAACAUGAUUCCUUUGGGUCCAUCACUGGUAUAAGAUUUGAUGGAGCUUCUAUGUGAGGAAGACAUGAAAGUCCUUAGCAAAAGAAGUCAGAGACUUUUUCCGAAGAUUGGCGGAUUAAAGCUCAUGAUGGUGCCAAGUUGAGAAACCUUUUGAUAGUGAAUUGAAGAUUUCUUUAUUUAUA